AUGCUCCCCCGUACCAUUCCAGGCCUGUUCUCACGCCGCCUUUUCUCCGCGUCGACCAGGAUGGCUUCCACCACGCCAAUGGAGGAUCUGAUGCGCGACAAGCUCACGCACGCCUUGACCCCGUCAACCCUCGUCAUUCGCAAUGACUCCCACCUUCACGCUCACCACUCGGCCAUGCAAGGCUCAACUUCCAAGGAGACGCAUUUCCAUGUCACGAUCGUUUCCGACGCGUUCGAGUCCAAGAUGCAGCCCGCUCGCCACCGAAUGGUUUAUGCGCUGUUAAAGGAGGAGAUGGCGCAGGAGGGGGGCAUUCAUGCGCUACAGUUGAAGACGAAGACGCCCGCGGAGGAGCAACGAGAAAAGGAGAGGAAGGCUUAG